AUGCCCAACUCCAACAGCUCCAGCUUGACUCCCAUAUUUUUCAUUCUGAAUGGAGUUCCUGGGUUGGAAGCAUCUCAUAUAUGGAUCUCUCUCCCAAUCUGCUCCAUGUACCUCAUUGCUGUUUUGGGGAAUAGUGGACUCCUCUAUUUAAUUCACCAUGAGGAAUCCUUGCACCGGCCUAUGUAUUACUUUUUGGCUCUACUUUCCUUCACUGAUGUUACCCUUUGCACCACAACUGUACCCAAUAUGCUCUGUAUCUUCUGGUUCAACCUUAAGGAGAUCACUUUUAAUGCUUGCCUAGUCCAGAUGUUCUUUGUUCAUGUGUUGACUGGGAUGGAAUCUGGUGUACUCAUGCUCAUGGCCCUGGACCGCUAUGUGGCCAUCUGUUAUCCCUUACGCUACACUACCAUCCUCACCAAUUCUGUCAUAGCCAAAGCUGGGUUCAUCACCUUUCUGCGGGGUGCAAUGCUCAUCAUCCCUUUCACAUUCCUCUCCAAGAGGCUGCCUUACUGCCAAGGAAACAUCAUCCCUCACACUUACUGUGACCACAUGUCUGUAGCUAAGGUGUCCUGUGGGAAUGUCAAAAUCAAUGCUAUUUAUGGUCUGAUGGUUGCUUUAUUAAUAGGUGUAUUUGAUAUCUGCUGCAUCUCUGUAUCUUAUACCAUGAUUCUGCGGGCUGUAGUGAGCCUCUCCUCUGCAGAUGCUCGACACAAAGCCUUUAGUACCUGCACAUCUCACAUUUGUGCUAUAGUUAUCACGUAUGUUCCCGCUUUCUUCACUUUAUUUACCCAUCGCUUUGGAGGACACACUAUUCCCCAUCAUGUUCACAUCCUUGUGGCCAAUUUUUACUUGCUUCUGCCUCCCACAAUGAACCCUAUUGUCUAUGGAGUAAAAACCAAGCAGAUCAGAGAAGGAGUGAUCAAACUCUUAUUUGGGGAAAAAGACUUCUUGGCCUAA